GGAAAAUUCCUCUAAAAAGACCUCAAAGAUGCCUCAAAAUUGGUGAAAAAUUCAAGAGAUCACUGAGUGAAUCAGUCAGGUUUCUGAUCAAAUAGAGGAGCUUAAUAAAGAGCUGAAUAAUAGUGUCUGCAAUAGUGCGAAUUCUAAAGAUGACAAUUCUGUACUUACAACUCCGAAAGUAGACGCCAGUAAGUAUAAUAAUCCACAUUCUGCAAGAGCGGGAGAAUUGGAAGAAGUUGAUUGUGAUGAUGAGCUAAUUGAAACAUUAUCUGACAACCCCUUUGAAAAUUAUCCAGACUAUGUACUAGACUCCAAAGAUAAGACAGUAGAAUCAGAUGACUGUGAGCUUAGUUAUAGCAAAAGUUUUCCUAAUAUAUCUAAAUUUUAUCCAAAAGAAGAGGAUAAGCUUCAAAGCAAGGAAAAUCUUAAAAGAUUAUCUGAAGAAGAUGAUGAGGAUAAUGAAGAAGACAAAGAAUUUGAAGAGGAGGAAGAAUCUGAAGAAGAGGAUAUUCUCAAGACACCAUCUAUUCCUCAGAUUGCAUCUGAAUAUAACACCAAAUAAUCCUUUUUCACCUGAUUAUUCUUCAAAAUCAUUAUCACAGAGUGGCUUUGACCGUGCUUCAAAUGCAUUAACAAACAGAAAGCAAGUCCCUGACCACAACUAUUCUAAUUCAACAUUUGGGACGAUCCCUGCAUGCACAAAUUUUAUGGUGAAUAUUCCAGAAAAUAAGAUGAAUUCAGAGUUUAUUUCAAGUGCAUCAGUAUCUUACAAUCCGUUUAUAAUAGCUUUGCAUAACCAGUCAUACUAUAAAGAAAUGUCUGAAACAGCUACAAACAAGACUCAGAAGGAUGAUAAGCCUGUAUCGUUCAUGCAAAUGGCACUUCAGCAGCAGAAUCAAGAGAUUCAAAGAAUUCGGGAUGAAAUGUUCGCCAAGAGACUUCAUUAAGGGCUUCACAAUGUUUGAAUACAUUCCUUAAUGAUAAGAUGUCUGCUAAAAUCAUAAAUUUCAAC